AUGUUUUGUUCAUUCCGUACAAGUCGAGAUAGUUCUUUUAGUGGUAAUGCUGAUCUUCCAGGGACUUUGACUCGAAAGCUAAUGUUUUUAAUGCGGGAUUUGUACACUGCUUAUGAUGGAACGGUGAGAAAUGCAUAUGGGAACCAGCUUGUUCAGUUCUCCUAUGAUAUUGAUAUGGACAAAUCAGAUAGCACCAGUACCUCAUAUGCCAAGAGUACUACUGCUUGUGAUGGUAUAGGUGGCCAACCUGUCGGCUCAUUGUCUGCUUGUGCCCUAUCUGAAGCUGCAUACAGUGCUUUAGAUCAACCAGUUAGUCUUCUUGAAACUUCUCCACUGCUAAAUCUGAAGAACAUCUUGGAAUGUGGUUCAAAGAAAAGUAGUGCUAAGCAAAACUAUGUCUCUAUUUUUAUUCCGAGAAGCUUGGAAGACGGAGGCAUGGAAAUUGUGAGGAAAAGGAGGCUGAAGGUGCAUUCCGUUGUUGAUUUCCCUUUAUGCAAGGUGCAAUUCAGCCAGACCCGAAUUAAAAGUUGUUCUUCGCAGUUUGCUGAUUACAAACAAACAUGCAAUGGAGAUGACGAUACAUUUUGCAUCACUGUCACUAUGCCUGAAAACUCCAAAAAUUCUUCUGAACAGCUGGAUAUAGCUCGAGACUUGGUGAUACCUUUCCUUCUUGGAACAGUUGUUAAAGGAUUCCUGGAGGUGAAAAAGGUGGAUAUUUUAUGGAAUGACCACCCCAGGGAAUCAAAAAAGAUUCAUGGUUCUUCUGGUGAACUCUACUUAAGGGUUUCUAUGUCGGGAAAGACUGGCAGGAGAAGGCUUUGGAGUAUGCUUAUGGAUAACUGUCUCCAGAUUAUGAAUUUGAUUGAUUGGUCACGAAGUCAUCCAGAUAAUGUCCAUGAUUAUUGCAUAGCAUAUGGAAUAGAUGCUGGGUGGAAAUAUUUUCUCAAUAGUCCUGGUGCUUGCUUUAUAAAAGCUGCCAAGGGUGGAGUUGUGGAUGAACUUCAUGGGAGUGUGGAAGCAUUGGCAUGGGGAAAUACUCCUCCUUCAGGGACUGGCAGACAGUUCGACAUAUUAUAUUCUAAGGAGGGACUCAAUCUAUCAAAGCCAUUGAAUCCUUACGACCUACUGGGCAGCCAAAUUAGUUCCAGUAGCAAGAAUGCAUUUGAAACGUCUAAAGCUUGGAACAAUACACUAGACAAAUGUGAUGUAACAUCUAUUGGGCUUGAGAAGUCAGAGAGCGUCUUCAAGUCAGUCAUAAGAAAGUAUUUGACUAUCAACGAUAUUCAGAAGUGGACUCUGACAUUGAAGCGUAUUUUGCGCAAGUAUGACAUCAAUGAAAGUUUAACUGAAGGGGACAAGUCAAUCUUGAAGAUGGCAUUACAUUUUCAUCCUCACAAAGUUGAUAAGAUGGGAAGUGGAGUUCAAGACAUAAAGGUUGGGCAACACCCGAAGCAUGAGAAUGCACGUUGCUUUAUGUUGGUACGAAUAGACAGGACAGAAGAAGAUUUUUCGUACCACAAAUGUGUAAUGGGUGCUCUCGAGAUUGUAGCUCCUGAAAGGGCGAAAAGCUACGGUCAAAAUGGAUGA